GAACGGCAAAGUGUUCGGACGCGCGCACGGCGUAACUGAGGGACCAAACACAAAAUCCUAAAGCCGAAAUAUAAACCGAAUCUGAAUCCGAAUACGAAUUGAGGUAGUCGCCCACGCCGAAGCAAAUUUGUUGGCCGUCACUUCUUUGCCACUGUUUCUUCUUCAUCGGCGGGUUGCCAGCAGCUGCCGCCAAAAACCAAAAUAAAACAAAAAAAAAAAAACAGUCAACAACAAAAUUGAAAUCAAAUAGAAAACAAAAAGUUUUUGAAGCAGACGCGAUCUUUUCGACACCAAAACGAAGUUAACAUGAGCAACUAAGUGCCGGUUGAACUAACGACAGAGGAAUUGAAUCAAGUAUUAGCAAAAUCCAGUAAACGAUAUUAAACAGCAAAAUGGGUUUUUUGGUCGAUAAAAAACCGCGAAUCAAUCGAACACUGAUAUCACUUAAAUUUGUGGUGUUUUUUGUAAUCAGCGGUCUAACUGCUCUGCAUGUUUUGCAUGCCACCAAACCUCUUUUGUUGGGUCUUAAUUUUUCGGAGUAUCGCACAAUCAGCAUUUUGGCUCCAUUCAUAUCGAUCCUUGGACCUUUAAUUGCUGGCCCCUGGGCUGAUCGUUUGGCUGCCAAGAAUCCAAAUACAUUUGGCCGAACAUUGCGACUGCUCACGGCUCUUUUCCUGCUAAUCACGGCUCUUAUCUAUUCCUGUCUUUUUGCCAUACCCGAUGUCGAUCGCCGAUCCGUGCACGAGUCCAAAGUGAGCUUCGGUUGCGAUGCGAGCGGAGCCAUUCUAUUCCAGGAGCGUUGCGACAAUAGCCCAAAUGGCACUUGCAAGAGCUGGGAUCAGAAGAUGGGCAAGAUAAAUUUGACUGGCUGUACAUACAGUUGCCAGAAUCCCAAUACCCAUGAGAAUAUGUAUCAAGCUUGGGUCAAGGAAGUGCCCACACCAGGUCCAUCUACCGAACAAAGCUCCGAAUUUGAAUACGACGAUGAAACGGCCAGCGCGGUAACCGAAAGUCUGAGGACCAAGCGGGACAAAGAGUUCGAUCCUCUAGAUCCCAUGGCCGAUUUGGCAGCAGAUAGUGCCGGGGUGGAGACGGUCAGCUCUGAGGACCAUUUGACCCGAUUGGCCCGACAGAUUAAGAAUGCGGCAGCCGUAGCCAAGGUUUAUGUCGAACCACCACAUCUGUGCAUCACCGAGCGCAAUGAGGAAGGCCAGAAUGUAGUUAAACAAUGCCAUGUUUACACUGAGGAUACCGAAAAUAUUUUGGUGCAGGCAACCUUGGGCUCACCCCUACCAACACAAGUGAAGUCCGUUGAGAUUGUGCAAGUCCGAUACCCGAUAGGAGACAACAGCACACUUGCUCCAGAGAGUGAAGAACAGAGAAAGAUCAGUUCCACAUCAGCAGAACAUUACAAUUUAACUAGAAUCGUUGAGUUUUGUCAAUAUCCCUUGGAGGGCUUCCAGUGUCACAUACCCGAUGACCAGGUGCUCUACAUGCAGGGCAAGAAGAAUAGCAGCAAUUGCAAGCCAAUGAUCAAAUGCCAAGUUAUCAAUCCAUAUCAUGACGACAGUGUGCUUGCCGAUAGUGAAUGCAGAAACUCCACGGGCACUGUGAAGGAGACUCUGGUGGGUUAUACUAUUAUCCGGCUGCUUGGCGACAUUUUUCCGAUGGCCGCACUUACCCUGCUGAAUACCGCGAUUGUGAUUGCUGUCCGUGAGACUUCUGAGGGACGCGGAGAGGUUUGCCGCCAGUAUGUAUGGGGUGCCAUUGGUUAUGUGGUGCUCUUUUCGCCGCUGGAUCUGUUCUUCAUCCAUAAUGCACCCAACCAGGAUGCCGCACUUGCUGCCCUAAUAAUAUUAAUUGUGUGCUUUGUCAUUGGUGCUCUAAUCCUUCUCUCUGCCUCACAAAUGCCCUUGAGUCCACCGGAGUGGUGGUGGCAUACCAAGACUGGCAUGCUGGUAGUCCCCAUGUCGGCCAUUCGCCGCUAUAGCCCGGAGAUCCUCGUGCUGACUCUUGUCUCCAUACUUUUCGGCACCUUCUGGAGCAGUAUUCAUAGUUUCCUGAAUUGGACAUUCACCGAUGUAAAUGCCAUCUGUUAUUCGGGUUUGCUUUUGGUCCUUCUCCUGUUCUUCAAUGUGGACAAGUUCAUUGAAUAUUGCGGUCAUUCGAAUAUAUUCAUUGCUGGCUUUGCCAUAUUCGUCAUACGAUUCACGGCUCUAAGUGACGUCGACUGUCAGUGGCUGACUAUAGUAAUGGAGUCCAUUGAGCCUGCUGUUAUUGGUUUGAUUUGGAUUACAAUAAUUCUUUAUAUGCGUCAUGCAAUGCCCAGAAAACUGACUGCCACCGGACAGGCCAUUGCUGUACUGGCCUUCUUUGGAUUGGGCAAAGGUUUUGGCGCCUUGAUUGGUUUGGCACGCGAGGAGAAGAACCCUAAACUGGAGGUCUGGCACUGCACCUACCAAUGGCUGGCCAUUAUAGCAUGCAUUGUGGCCCUGGUUUAUUUCAUAAUUUACAAUUUGAUUCUGGCUCCACGUUGCACUGCCAAGGCGCAGCAUUCGGAGGAGCUAAUCUCGGGCUCGGCCUCCCAGAACUUUGGACAAUCAGCCGCUGGUGGGGGAGGAGUUGGCGCCAGUAAUGGCAAUGGAGCCGGCAACGGCGCUGGAGCCUCACUUAAUGGCAAUGGCAAUGGCAGCUACUCACCUCUGCGCGUCUAUCACAAUGAGAGAGGAAAGAAGGGACAAUUUAGAUACUAAGAUGUGACAUCAUCCAGUUUGCGAUUGUACUAUUGUCUUAGGUUUUAAAUAUAUAUACAUACUUGUGUGUAUGCAUGUACACGCCACGCCCUCCCCGCCGCCCCGUUGACGGGCAAACACUGCUAAUAGUUUUUAAUGCAUAUUUUUGCUAAGUGUAUACAAAACAUAAAAAAAACAACAAAAAAAGAAAAAUACAAAAACAGAAAAUUUAAAUGAAUGAAACGGAUUUUUUUUUACUCGCAUAUAGAAAUUAUUUUAAUUUGUUAUUUAAUGCAUAAUUUUAAUUACAAAAUACUACAGCAUAACAAAAAGAUGGGCACGUCACAUAGCGUCGACUCGUUCUCGUCAAAUGGAGGCAUCAAUUUUUAAUGAAACAUUUGCGUGAUUUUUACUAAGCACUAUGAAUAUACAUAUAUACAUAUAUAUUACAAUAAACCGUGCAACAAUGUAACAAGGGCUUGAACGAGGGUAAAAAGAUAAACACUCAAAGCCUACAAUAUAACAUAUUAAAUGUAACAAUAAAACCAGAAAAUGUAAUUAUACGUACAACAAAUAUAAUUAAUGGUAAUUAAAUGUUUUCAAAUUAAGCAUAAUA